AAACCCGAUGUGUUAUAUCCGAAUCCGAUCCAUACUUGCAAAUUUACUAUAAUGGAACCUAUGAAGUGUUAUAAAAGAGAACUGAAAUCCGAAGAAAAUCGACCCGAAUGCCACGGGUACCCGAACGUCCAGGGCCUAAACUAAUCUGUGAAGACAAAUCUUGUCAUCUAAAUAUUAAUUUGCGUGUUGGAAAAAUGCUGGAACAAACAUUAUAGGAAUUUAUUGAAUUGAUGAUUAAGGAGAAUUUGAAUAGAUUCUAAAUUCAAAUAUAAAGAAAAUAAAAGGAAUUUCGGAUUUGAGUAAGCAAAAUUUGUUGUUAAAGUUUACAAAUUAUAUAAACUUCUAUUCUAAGUUGUUCAACCAAAAAAAAAAACUUCUAUUCUCACUUCUGUUCGUAGCUAUAAGUAGAAAACGAAUGUUAAAAAAUGAAACCUUAUAUUUGGUCAAAGGAAGGAAGUACUGGGCCAAUGGGCCUCUAGGAUCCAAAGGGCCAACAAAGUUGGAGCUUUUUCCCUUCCGUUUUGUUUGUUACUGUACAUCUUCUGUAUUUAAGCUUUAGACGAGCGAAGAAGGUGCGAAGGAAGAUAUAUCGAUGGAGGAGACCACUGACGACGUCAAACGGAAGAUGACUCCUUCAGUUCCGGCUAAUUACGUAAGCAUCCUUCAGCUCCGGGAGCGAUGGAUCAAAGAGAAAGAGCGGAAGCAGCGAAAGGAACAAGAAGAAGCAAAAGAUGAAGAGAGACGACGUAAUCAACACGCUGAAGAACAGCAAACGAUAGGGGACGAUCUGAAGAAACCACGGGAGGAUCUCGAUGAGAUGCGUUUGAAUCAAACCAAUCAGAAGCACUGGGGCAGGAACACUAAGGAGGAAACGGCGGCGAUCGGGAGCGAGAGAGGCGAAGAUGAGGGAUUACCGGAGAAGAAGAAGAGGGGACGUAGGAAUAGGAAGAAGAAGAGAACAAAUCAAGAGGUCGAGGAGUGUGGAUCAAUCAAACCGGCGCCGGUUAAAGAUCAGAUUCGAGUUUAUAAGAAGAAAGGAGAAAAAGGUACGGGAAAGCAAAGAGCUGGAUCUCGAGAGGAAGCUGUGACUGCCAUAGAAACUCAACUUGAGCAUCUUUCUAUCAAAAGAGUCGAACUAAACAAACAUCAAAGCGAUCAGAAGCACUGGGGCAUGAACAGUAAGAAAGACGAAUCUACUGACGGCGGAGAAGCAAGGUGGGGUGAGGAGGAGGAGGAAACGGCGGCGAUCAGGAGCGAGAGAGGUGGAGCUGAGGGACUACCGGAGAAGAGGAGGGGACGUAGGAAACGAUAUGGUAGAAAUAAGAAGAUAACAACUCAAGAGGUCCAAGAGUGUGGAUCAAUCAAGCCGCUUGAGUACACCGUGAAGGAGAGUAAUACUCCUGUGAAAGAUCAGAUUCGAGUUUAUAGGAAGAAAGAAAACAAAAGUGUGGCGGCCAUAGAAACACAAUUUGAGCAUCUUUCUAUCAAAAGAGGCCAAGAAACCAAACAUCUCAAGGCACAAACCAAAUCGCUUAACCCUAACCCUAUAGAGACUGCUACAAUGGUGUGGGUGAAGAAAGGGCAAGAGGAGAGAGCUGGUGAUGGAAAUGGAAGUGGCGUGAAGACCUUCAAUGCUUAAGGUUUUGGUAACCUGAACAAUGACGUUACUUUGGUUUCAGGCUUUGAUGCUUUUUAGCUAUGAAAGGAUGAACAAAAGAAGAAAGUAUAUGGUUGGUUGGUAAUAUUCUUUCAUGCUCAUGGAACAGAGAGAUCAGUGUCUUGGCUUAUAGAUAAUUCUAAUGCUUUUCCUGUUAGGGACUAGGUUUUCAUUA